AUGACGUUCUCUCGGAAGGUCUUCCUUGGCGGCGUUCCUUGGGACAGUUCAAGCGAUGAUUUAGUUGCGGCAUUUAUGAGAUUUGGCUACGUGAGCGUGCUUUGGCCUCAGCGCGAUGGCACCACAAGCUCUAACCAAUUUGGACGUUCGUCUUCACCCAGAGGUAUGUCCAUUGUGCACAUCCUCCCUAUCGUAAAUUGA